ACUCAUGCUGUGAUCCACUAACACUUGAAGCUGACCUGGAUCACUGCGGAGAGCGGAAUGGAGAUGAGUGAGGAUAUGUACGAAAAUGCAGGAUACACUGCAGACAGAAAAUCUGAAGACAAGAAUGUCUAUGAAAACAUGCAUGUGAAUGGACAUACUGGGACCCAAAGAACCAGAACAGAAAACAGACGGGAAUCUCAGAGCUCAGGACAUGAAACAACUGGGAGCAGAGGCUGCAGGUGGGCUGCAGUGUGUCUGGGGCUGCUGUGUGUUCUUCUGCUGGUUGCCACCACAGUGCUGUGGGUUAUGUUGAACAAGCUGCCUACAGAGACUGUAGAGAGGGAUGGUCUUCAGCAGAAACUUUCCAACUUGGAGAAGGCGAUGCAGCAGGGUUGGACGUAUUUCAGCGGCACUCUUUACUACAUCACUGUUGGACAAAAGAACUGGACUGAGAGCAGAGAGGAUUGCAGAGAGAGAGGAGCAGACCUGGUGAUCAUAAAGAGUAGAGAAGAACAGGAGUUCAUCCUUAACAAUCUGCGAGGCAAUAAGGCUUGGAUUGGCCUGACUGACCGUGAAACAGAGGGAGUCUGGAAAUGGGUGGACGGAUCAUCACUGACCACUGAGUUCUGGAAGGAAGGAGAACCAAAUGAUGUUCGGAAUAAUGAGGACUGUGCUGACAUUCAGGAUCUCCCAGAUAAGAAGAACUGGAAUGACAUGCCAUGCUCUCACGAAGAAGGGUGGAUCUGUGAGAAGAGCUUUUCAGUAAUACAUUCAUAAUGUACAAGUAAUAACAUGUUCUGUCACAAAACAAGCAGAAUGAAAUGUAGAUUCACUGUUUCUCUGUCAGUAUUCUCAAACCAGCCUGCUGACAAUAAACAUAUAGUAGAACAAAGACCCCCA